CCAUUUAUAGAUCAGAUCAGAAUUGCAGACCUUGAUUGUUUUACUAGCGUCAUCAGUAAAAGAAAGCAGCAAUUUGCUUAAUUCUUGACAUAUCAAAUGGCUGAUGACGGUGAUCAAAGACACUCCGGCAACCGUGUAGCUCAGAAGUUUGAGCCUUCCUCUGAUUGGACUCAUGACGACAAGGCCAGUUAUCUCUUGGUUGAUCUUCCUGGUUUUAAGGAGGAGCAGCUGAGGCUUGAGCUUGCUUCAUCCGGUCAUAUAAUCAUCAGUGGAGAAAGAAUAGUUGAUGACAACAAAUCCUUGUAUUUCGAGCAAAGCUUUCCUUUGCCUGAUAAUUCGGAUACCGAUAAGAUCAACGGUAAAUUCGAUAGCGAUUUUCUCCACAUUAUGGUGCCGAAGCUAUCGGUUGCGGAAGAAGAAGACAAGGAGCAGAAGAUAAGCGAUGAACACCACGCUGGUGACAUGAACCAAGGUGAUCGAAAUCAAAGCAAACACGAAGAUCAUGAGCAGCGGUACAGUGGCGAAGAGGUCGAUGAAGCCACCAAAGGAGAGACGACCGGAAAGGAGGCUAGCCGAGUUGCAAGCUUUCCCAAAGAGAUGGUGAAGAGAUGGGAAGGAGGUGAAGGUCCAUUAGAGAUGGCAAUCAACUUCCUUAUGAAAAAUAAAGGGGCCGUUGUUUCUGUUGUUAUUGCAUUUUCUGUUGGGGUUUUCAUUUGUCGAACUUUUGAUUGAACCGAGUGGACA